AUAGAAAAGGAAACCAAAAAGUUUGAGGAAUUCUUGAGAAAAUCUUUCAGAAAUAAGAUUUUUACAAAAGGAAAGGACAUGCAAAAUAUUAUUGAGAUGUAGCAAGUAAGAGGAAGAGAGAGAGGAAACAGAACAAAUAUCGUGGAUGAGAAAAAUUGUACUUGUAGAUGCCAACAUGAUCGAUGCCCUCAUAGUCAGUAACGAUGCUCAAGCUAGAGAUCAUUAUAUGAUGGCUGAUGAAGAUUUUUAUCAGAAUUCGGGUUUCAAUUGGGAUCUUACAGUUGUGAAUCAGUCUUAUCAGUGGGUUGAGGGAGCAAUUGUGUUUAGGCCUGAGUUAAGGAACUGGCAAUCUGCGGUUAGAGACAGCUUGUUGGAGGCUGGCAUUGAUCCCUAUAAUGGGUUCAAUUUGGAUCAUGUCGUGGGGACUAAGAUUGGUGGUUCCACUUUUGAUAGUCUAGGGAGAAGACAUAGUGCUGUUGAUCUUCUUAGUUAUGCCAAAGCUUCGAAUAUUAGAGUUGGCAUUUACGCAAGUGUUGAGAGGGUAUUGUUAGCAUCUUCUUCUACAAGUUCAGAGUCCAGACAGUCGGCAAUUGGCUUGGUUUAUCGUGACCAAAUGGGAGGAUAUCACCAUGCGAUGGUGAGGGAACACGGUGAGGUUAUACUCUGUGCUGGUGCCAUUGGAAGUCCUCAGUUGUUGCUGUUAAGUGGAAUCGGUCCACGUCCUUACCGCGCAUCAUGGGGAAUUCCAGUUGCUUAUCAUCAUCCCUAUGUGGGUGAAUACCUCUAUGAUAACCCCAGAAAUGUCAUCUCAAUUUUACCUUCAGUUCCACUAGAACACUCAUUGAUACAAGUGGUUGGGAUGACUGAAAUGGGAGCUUAUAUUGAAGCAUCUUCCAGUGUGAUUCCUUUUGCAUCCUCUGGUUCCUCUGCUUUUGCAGCCACAUCAUUCUCACCACUUUUUCUCACCGUGACCACACUCAUAGAGAAGAUUGUUGGCCCCUCAUCAGGUUCACUCAACCUGGCUUCGACAGAUGUGAGAGAGAAUCCCAUUGUUCAAUUCAAUUACUUCAGUAAUCUAGUGGAUGUGGAAAGGCACGUGAAUGAGACUCGAAAGACUGGGGAUCUUCUGAGAAGUCGGUCCAUGGAGGAUUUCAAGCUGGUGAAUGGUGAGGAGGACGAAAUUUCAGGUUUGUUGGGUAUUCAUACUGCAGAUCAAUCAGAUAAUGCGCAGAUGGCAGGUUUCCGUCGCCAGACUGUAAACACCAUAUGGCAUUAUCAUGGACUGUAAUAUUGACAAAUAUAAGGUCCACCUUGUUGCCAAAGGGUUUAAUCAACAACCAUGAAUUGAUUGAUUAUCUUCAAACUUUUAGUCUAACUAUUGAGGCUACCACCAUAUGCCCUAUGUUUGUCCUAACCUCCUCAUUUCAGUAACCUCUUCAACAAUUCGAUGUCUUGAAUAUAUUCUCGCAUGGGCAAUCUUGAGGAGGAA